AUGUUCCCGAGGUACUUCGCAUUGUCGCUGGCAUUCCUACCGGCGGCUUAUGGCCUGAAGGUCGCCUAUAGCCAAGACUUGCCUCAAGGAGCUGGAAUCGAAAAUCUCGCACUGCGGCCUUGUGGGAACGCCUUGCUUACUGAUAACUCUGGGGCACACAUAUAUGAGGUAGAGCCCGUGGCAGGAAGCGCGCCAAAACUUCUACACUCCUUCAACGGGACGCAUGGCGCAAGUGGCAUCACCGAGUCCUCAAAUCCCGAUGAGUUUUUUGUCGUGACAGGACAUUACAGUUUUGAACUCCAAUCGCCUAUCCCGGGGUCAUAUGCAAUUCAUCGCCUGUCCUUUGACAACCGUGGCCAGCCGGUUGUAAAACAGCUCUCUCCUCUUGGUGUUGCUCAGCCAAACGGAUUACUACACGUGCCACAUACUUCCGAUGUUCUUAUCGCCGACUCCUACGCUGGCUACAUCUGGAAAUUCAAUACCGUCACGCUUGCAUUGACCUUGUACUUUGAUCACCCGAUGCUUAAGCCUCAGGCCGUCAGUGGGCUCAUUUUUGGUGUCAACGGUAUCAAAUUCUCUCAAGAAUACUUGUACUUCAGCAACACCAACCUCGGGUCGAUUUACCGUAUGCGCGCUACGGGCAGAGAAGAUCAACUUCAUGGUAUCCCUGAGCUUGUGGCUCAAGGAACUCCCGCAGACGAUUUCAUAAUUGACGACAAUGGGGACAUAUACCUUGCCCAGCAGCUGCCUGCGAAUAGCCUCGGCUACCUAAGCCGAAGUAGAUUUGGUAUGAUGCCUGAGACAAUCGUUGGCGGCCCGGAGAGCAAUGCUGUGGCUGGUUGUACGGCUGUUGCUAGGGCCAAACCAUCCUUCGAGCAGACACAGAAGCUUGGGCGAACUCUCCUUGUGCCGGUAAAUGGAAAUCUUACAGCAAUUUUGAACGGAGAUACUACGCAGAGGGCUAAGCUUGGGAUAGUCUACCUGGACCAGAAUUGA